CACUGACAUCAGGUGCAUUUCUAUUUUGUUUUGCUCCCAUAUGUUUUUGUAAACUUUUUGUAGGAAGUGAGAACUCUUAAAACAAAGGCUGAAAUUUACAUUUAAUUGCUUGAAAAUGGGAAAAGAGCAGAUUGCACUACCGGACGAGGAUUUGGACUGGAUUCAAAUGCGUCAAGAUUUCGGCUCAUUCCAGCCCGAAACAACUAAGGAAAAAAUGCUGCGCAAAAUAAAAGAAAAUCCGGCCGUGCCGAUUGGUUGUUUGGUAACUGCCGGCGCCUUAUCAUACGGUCUAUAUAACUUUCGCACCGGCAAUCGACGCAUGUCUCAGAUAAUGAUGCGUACCCGUAUAGCUGCGCAAGGUUUCACAGUACUCGCUCUAGUUGCUGGCGUCGUCAUGACGUACGAUACCAAAAAAUAAGCCAUUUGGUCGGCGUGCUCUAAGCAUAUAAUAGUUACGACUAUGUAGAUCAUAAAGAUUUCUUAUUGAAAUGUUAAGUUGUAUGUUGAGAAUUAAAUUAAUUUACUUUCAUUCCUUUGUUUAAAUAAAUUAUGCGCAAAA